UACGGAAGUGGUUUGGCAGGUCGGGGACUUUCUAGCUUCAAGCAAACAAUGCUCCUCGGUUUGAGUCACGGACUCCGGCUCUCGGUUCAGCGCCGCUGUCUGCUCCAGUGCUGCGGCGUUAAAUCACUAAACACCAGCAGGGGAGUUGCUGUGGACAGCGUGCUGUCUCCUUUCAGGUCUAUAUGUGGCGAGGACGGCGUCUCAUUGGGGGAAGCUGUAAGAGAACAACAUGGUAGAGACGAGUCUGUACACAGAUGUCGCCCCCCAGAUGUGGUGGUGUUCCCACGGUGUGUGGAGGAGGUCAGCGCCCUGGCCAAGAUCUGCCACAGUCACCAGCUUCCCAUCAUCCCCUUUGGCACUGGGACCGGCUUGGAGGGAGGUGUUGGCGCUGUGAAGGGUGGCGUGUGCUUCAGUUUAAGGAACAUGGACCAGAUCCUGGAUCUCCACCCGGAGGACUUUGAUGUGACGGUGGAGCCCGGGGUGACUCGGAUGGCCCUCAACUCCUACCUACGCGACACCGGCCUCUGGUUUCCUGUCGAUCCUGGAGCUGAUGCGUCCCUGUGUGGCAUGGCCGCCACCAGUGCGUCCGGUACUAACGCCGUGCGCUACGGCACGAUGAGGGAAAACGUCAUGAACCUGGAGGUGGUGCUGGCGGACGGGACGGUCAUACACACGGCCGGGAAGGGCCGACGUCCUCGGAAGACGUCAGCAGGUUAUAACCUGACAAACCUGUUCGUGGGGUCUGAGGGAACGUUGGGGAUCAUCACCAAGACCACGUUACGCCUGUACGGCGUCCCGGAGGCCAUGGUGUCGGCCGUGUGCUCGUUCCCGUCCGUCCAGGCCGCCGUGGACAGCACCGUCCAGGUUCUUCAGGCCGGGGUGCCCAUCGCUCGCAUCGAGUUUCUCGACGACGUGAUGAUCGACGCUUGCAACAGGUUCAGCUCGCUGUCCUACCCCGUGAGCCCGACGCUGUUUCUGGAGUUUCACGGCUCAGAGCGAAGCCUCGAAGAACAAGUCAACACGACCGAGGAGAUCACUCAGAGCAACGGAGGCUCAGAUUUCCAGUGGGCGCGAGAUACUGAGACGCGGUCUCGUCUGUGGAAAGCUCGUCACGACGCCUGGUACGCUGCUCAGGCUCUGAGGCCGGGCUGCAAGGCUUACGCCACAGACGUGUGUGUCCCUCUGUCUCGAUUGCCUCAGAUCAUCGUGGAGACGAAGGAGGAUCUGAUUGAGAACAGACUCACAGGUCCCAUCGCGGGUCAUGUGGGCGACGGGAACUUCCACUGUCUGAUGGUCGUGGAUCCCACGGACCCCGAGGAGCUGCAGAGGGUUCACCUGUUCUCAGAGAGACUGGCCAGGCGAGCUCUGUCCAUGGACGGCACCUGCACCGGGGAGCACGGGGUGGGUUUAGGGAAGCGAGCGCUGCUCUGUGAGGAGCUGGGGCCUCUGGCCGUACAGGUGAUGCAGAAUCUGAAGGAGACACUCGACCCACAGAACCUGAUGAAUCCUGGGAAGAUUCUGCAGCAGGGAGACGUUUAACGUUUCCGUCUGAGCCGAGUGAACUCUUCAGAGGUACCUCCCAUUAAAUCAUAGACGCUCAGUUAAAUCAACAAAACCAUGAAUGAAGUUUUCUGCUGCUUGAAAUAACAUUUAUAACAUUUUUAUCUUUGCUCCAAAAGCUCAGAAAGCUGCAAAAAAAAAUCUAACGGGGUUAAUGGAAAGAGAAUCUGUUAUUUAUUGUGGUGAAACGCAUCCAAUUAAAGCUUGUGAAACUUUUAUUUUGUUUGUGAAAUUUGAGUUAUAAUAAAAGAAGACGAUCUUUUCUUCAGUUGAAACAGUGAUGUUAGAAUAGAUAAUAAUGAGUGUGCUCUGGUUUAUUGUAUCAGUCAGGAAGUGAAGAUUUGUACAGUUCCUUUUUGAUUUACAGUUCAAAUCAAA